AUGCUAAACAUAAUCACUGAGAAGAGCUCAAACACAAUUUGCAGCGGCGGCAGCGGUGCGGUCGCCAUGAUUGAUGACGUCAGACGCGGUCGACCGGCACGCGACAGCGCGGUUGUAGAGUGGCAUCGAGAAAGUGGGGUCUUUCCCGCCUUCCGGGCAAAUAUUGACCACGUGGCAUAUCGUGGAGCGUUGGAGCGCGAUAUUGGAUGCCGGCUGGCGCCCGAGGCUGCCUCCUCUCUAUUGCCGGGAACGGUGUACGUUUACCGGAUAGAAGUGAACACG